AUGUUGUUCACUACAACAAACUCUGAGAAUAUCACUAUGGAGAAUUCUGCAACCAAUCCAGUGCUGAUGAUAUCGAGUAGUGGUAGUGCUUGUUUUGCAAUGAGUAGAAUAGGUUCACAGGCUGUUGUGGUUGAACAAGGACCACUUUCGCUUAAUGAUGUCCUUUCGAGAAUUGUUCAGAAUUGCUCCAAUGUAAAUAACACAUCUGAGAUGAAAAUUCAACACUUGUUGGAUGUGAUCAUGUGUCUGGAUAUAGCAGAGGGAUGGAGUUGUGAUUCCAAGUGGGUUAUCGGAUCAUUGGCUAAAAAGCUAUUCUUAAUAGAGGGACUCGAUGCAAUAGAUAAUGCAAAUGAUGAGGAAAAUCCAUUGAAUUGCAUAGUCAUCGAUUCGGAAAUUAUAGAAGUACUCAUUCUCACCUUCAAAUUCUAUAAGAGUUUGAGAAAGUCUUUGGAACCUCUUUUGGAUUGUAUUCAUUUACUAAGCAGUGCCUUAGGAUUUCAAAUUUCAUAUCAUCAUCUUGUUUUAAUAUUCGGUGUUGUGGAUCAAUUGAAAAAGUAUGCUAUCGGAACAGAGGAAAGACAUGGAGCUUUAAGAAGUUAUAUGUGGUCCUAUUUUAAUGUACUAUGUGAUGUUUUAAAUCAUUUUCAGUUGAGGUAA